AUGUACGGAAGUGCCUACCUGGUGCAAGUAAGCAUUGGAGGGCAGGAAUUUCAGGUCCUUUUGGACACUGGAUCCGCCGACUUGUGGGUCGUAUCUUCGGAUUGCACGACCUCGGAUUGUCAAGGAAUCGCGACGUUCGAUAUCUCAGAGUCCAACUCGUUGAAUUUGACAAGCACCGAUUUUCACUUGGACUAUCUCAUUGGCUCCGUAACUGGUACGGUUGGCACUGAUACAGUCACCUUCGGGCCCUAUGAGAUCUCGUCUCAAGUAUUCGCCUUAGCGAGUAACACAACCGGCCUUGACCUAUCUGGUACCGGGUAUAGCGGGAUCCUAGGCCUGGCGUUUCCUGCAGAGGCUUCCAUUCCGAGUACUACAGGCCGCACCCUCGUCGAGAACAUCUUUGCAUCUUUGAAUGAUACAGACCGCUUCUUUGCCUUCAAGCUGGGAAGCAACGCGACUGGCUCCUCCUUUACCAUCGGACAGCUAGACCCUGCUUACGCGAACACCACAUCCGCUCUGACCUACACACCCGUCUCUUCUGAUGGCUCAGGCUACAACUAUUGGAAGCUUCCCCUGCAGUCCCUGACCAUCAACUCCACCACUUUUGAUCUCUCUAAGUCCCGCGUCAAGGGCGCCUCCUCACCGAUAGCUGUCCUGGAUACUGGCACGACACUUGUCCUGGGCCCCACUUCUGACGUGGACAGAUUCUGGCAGUCGGUCGGCGGCGCCAGGAAGACCGACGCAGGAUGGCAGGUCCGCUGUAACCGAGCUGUCAUUGUGGGCUUCGUUAUCGGCGACGACAGCUCCCGAAAAGAGUAUGUGCUUGACCCCGCCGACGUUUCAUGGGACGAAAAUACGGCACAAGGUGACUGGUGUAUGGGCGGCAUACAAGGCAAUGACGGGGUCUUCUCUGGCGACUGGCUUCUGGGCGACACCUUUCUCCGGACUAGUCUCAAACAUCACAUACAGAACGUCUACGUCGCUCAACGCGUCUUCGCUAGCAACCAAUCCGCUUCCAUUGGCUUGCUGGGAACUACAAAUGCCACUUCUGCGCUAACUCAGUUUCGUCAAACACGCGGAGACGAUAGCAUGCCUCCCGCGAGGGUGCGCGCACAUGCACCCAAUCACAACCUUACGGGUGCCGACGCUUGCGGCAUCGCAGUGUCCUGCGGGUUUGUAUUUGGCGUGCUGUUAACGCUUGUCUGGUACAGCUGCAUAGAAUGGCGCGCCAAGAAGCGGAGGAUGUACUAG